CAGUGAGGGAAAUUUGGCAAGUGCCCUGAUCUCCUGCUUGUCCUGUUCUGUGCUGCUGAGGGUUCCUCAGGAUGAAGGCCGCUGGGCUCGUUAUGUUGCUGCUGAGUCUUCAUCACAUGUGCUCCUCCUCUGCUCAGGAGUGUGCGUCCACUCACAACCUGCUGACCUCGCUGCAACAGGUGGAGAAGAUGCUGGCAGUCCAUGAGGCGUCGUACCAGCAGGGCCUCCGCUCCCUCAGGAAAAAGAUUAGCGCCCUGCACAACAGCACCAUCGCCAUCUUUAAGACGACCAGGAACGUAUCCUGCCCCAAACCAGAGGCCCCCUCUCACGGCCGCAGACUGGGCAGGGUGUUUGGCGUUGGACACGAGGUUCACUUCAUGUGCAAACCCGGCUAUGAGCUGAUCGGCCCGAGGACCCGGUUGUGUCUGGAGUCUCUGAAGUGGAGCGGCCAACAGCCAAUGUGCAGACGUUUCAACAGCACCUCUAACUCCCUGGCCUCCUUCUCUCCUGCUGCUCCCUCCUCCUCCUCCUCCUCCUCUUCCUCCUCAUCCUCGUCAUACCUCCCUGUCUCUGCCGCUCUGUCAGGGUCCUCCUCCACCUCUUCUUCCUUCUCAGCAAUUCCAGCCUCUACUCUCUCCUCCUCAUCACCCACAUCUUCCUCUCCCUCCUCUUCUGUCCGACCGUCUCACUGUACCCACUUCCUGGGCUCCACCCGCUGCACCUGUGAUGUGGGUUUCACCAUAUCAGGCCGUGACAACAACAUCUGCACAGACAUCGACGAGUGUCGUCUGUUUCCUCUCGGUCAGCCCGGCCGGCUCUGCGUCCAUCAGUGUGUGAACACUCCUGGCAGCUUCCACUGCUUCUGUCCAACAGGAUAUGACCUCGCCGCUGAUGGCCGUAGCUGCAGAGACAUCGACGAGUGUGAAAACCGCAUGCACAACUGCACAGUGAACCAGUUGUGUGUGAACACAUACGGGGGGUUCCAAUGCGUGACGGUGGAGUGUCCUCACAUGAAAAAUGCCACGUACAUCAAGACGUCACCAAUGCGCUGUGAGAGGAACCCGUGCAUGCUGGGAGACAAGGCUUGCACUCAGGCGCCAAACUCAAUCUCUUUCCAUUUCCUCUCUGUGGGGUCCAACAUGUCCGCCCCUCGGGUCCUCUUCCGGGUUUCGGCGGCUCGCGUGUUGGGCGACACUCUGCGUUUCGGCCUGGCGGGCGGCCGUGGACGGGGCCACUUCAGCGUGCAGCGCUCAGGCCGACAGACUGGCACCCUCCUCCUGGUGACGCCAAUAAAGGGUCCUGCCACUUUGGAGGCUGAGGUGGAGAUGAGCGAGCUGGAGCGCAACGCUCUGCUGGGCCGCUACCUCACAAAGGUCACGCUGUUUGUUUCUCCGUACGAGUUCUAAGUGGAGCAUGGAUGGGUGGGGGUGCAAACCACUGAGUGUUUUCGGCCUCUUUGUAGGUGAUUUACUGUAUCUGUUUACUCUUUAGACCACAGUUAUCUAGUGCCUGGAAGUUCAUCUAAACCCAACAGAUUGUUUUCUUUUCUUUCUUUUUGAUUGAUAUUUUUGGCCUUUAUUGAAAUGGAGAGCGAGAGCAGUGAAAGGGCCGAUGAUGGUCCCAGUGAGUCUGACAGGACGAGAGCCAGUCACCACAGUGCAACAGCAGUUUACACUGAAGGUGCAUCAGUGUCUCUGUUUGAUCAGUUGAUGCGAUUACAACUGAUGAAGUCCAGGCAGCAAACUCACACACACAGAUUUGUUUGGUUGGAAAACAGAAACAGGGAUAUUGUUGGCAGAGCUAAAAUGAUCAGUUGUUUUAUCUUAAAUAUUACAUUAUCAAUAUAGAAUUUAUAUUUUAAUCUUUAGCCAAAAUUUGGAGGAUUUCACUGGUGCGUAAAUGUGAGUAUUUCCAGAUUUCUGUGACUUGACCUCAAUAAAACCAGUUUGUAAAUUGUUCCACUGGUCGAGGCUGGGAUCGACAGAAGAGUUUGAAAAGUCCUUACAUGUUCAUGUAAUCUUGGCACUAUGGUACAGAAACAUGUUAAAGAAUAUAUUUCCUUGAUUACAACUUCAGUAUUUUAUGCUCUUGUAAUCUUAUAAUCUUGUGGGGUUAAGUUCUUUUGUUAUGCAGACUCAUGUAUCUUUUAGAAUUGGUUUUCAUUGAACAAUGUCAUUGCUUUUAAUAUGUGAUUUGUAUUUUCAUUGAUGUUUGCUAUUGAUGGCCUGUGUGUUUCUGUGUCUGUUCUGUGCUUCAGUCUGUUCACUGUGUUCACUGUGUGUGUUUUUGUUGAAUCUGUCACUGCUUGUAUUUAUUUUUGAAAUGUUUUAUUUCUUGACCAGGACUCCCUGGCAGAAGAGAUGUUUUAUCUCAAUGGGACCAAGAGGAGAAAUAAAAUAAAUACAUUUGAUAAUUAUUCGAUUCUAAGUCGUAGUAAGGAAACACGCUAAACUCUUUUCUGUCUAAGUCACUGAGCCCUUUUUCAGCUCAGCCUGAAAUCUCCAUAAAUCAUAUUCUCUGUAGAAGUCACGGUGUUACAGCUUUUCUUUGGUCAAUAGACACAAAUCCAAGCUCACUAUGGACAGUUUUAAAGAGACUCCUAAAAAGGAUUAAUUCUGGAUGGAGAAACACUUUCAAAGAGAAAUCAACAAUCAGAUUCUGGCUCCAAAUGUAAGUUGCUGAAUUAACAGCUGUUUGCUGCAGUGUCUCCUUAUUCUCACAUAGAGGAAAACUUGAUUGACAGGCGAGCUCUGCAGUUAUAAUGAGUCACAUUGAGACAGAUGUGCAUCAUGUCUGUGUGUGAUCUGACUGAAGUAGAAAUUGCAGCAGGGAGGGUUUUUUAAGGGGAUCCAUAAAUGUACAUUUCAGUCUUCACACAUCUUUAUAAAAAAUCUUUUAUCAUAUGAUGUCUACGACUUUUACUAUCUGUAUCUUUAUUAUGUUUUUACUCUGAUUGAGAAUUUCAUAUUGUUUGUUGUAAAGCACUUUGUUACUGGUAUUGAAAUGUGCUAUACAAAUAAAGUUAUUAUUAUUAUCAUUAUUAUUCUUUCAGAUGAUAAAUGCUCACCUAUGAGAUCUGAAUGUGAAAAUGCAUUAGCGUCACAAAUUAUGAAUAUUUCUUUUUUCCCCCACAGUGCUGAGAAUCUGUGCUUUGCCUUGUUCUCCUUAUUUGGCUAAAAUGACCCUGUUCAACAUACAAUAAACAUGUU